UAGAUUUUAUUCUUGUUUUAAGUAUUCGUAGUUGUAACACCAUGGAGGAGACCUUUAGGAAAUAUGAAUUGAUAAGCAAGAAAUUUGUGGACGAGAGAUUUUUGCUCAGGACACCAUAUCCAAUCGCAGGCAUCACUCUUUUGUAUUUGUUCAUGGUUUUCAUCUUCAUACCGAAUUACAUGAGGGACAAAAAACCGUUUGUGUUAAAAAAUGUAGUUCUUGUUUACAAUGUCUUGCAAAUAGUUUUGAACUUUUACGUUGUGUAUUCGGGUAUUCCAGAAAUGUUUGCGCACAACGUUCAAUUUUCUUGCCCAAUACCAAACGAAAAGCUGCUUUACACUGUGUAUUGGUACCUAUUGCUGAAAAUUAUCGAUCUGAUUGAAACUGGAUUUUUCGCGCUAAAGAAGAAGAACAAUCAAAUCUCUUUCCUGCAUGUAUACCAUCACGUAAUGAUCCUGUCCCUGUCUUACUUUGCAUCCGUUAAUUUAAAGGCCUCCGGCCAAGCUAUCUAUUAUAUAAAUGUUAACAGCUGCGUUCAUUUCGUGAUGUACAUGUACUACUUCCUGAGUGCAUACAAUCCAAACAGCAAAUAUAUCAGGUUGAAGAAAUUCGUAACACAAGUACAGUUGAUUCAAUUUGUAAUAAUGCUGUUACAAGCUCUAUUGCCGUUAUACAUUAAACACUGCUACAUGAACAUACCGUUAGUCUUGUUGGGAUAUUCACAGUCUCUCAUAAUGAUAUUUUUGUUUGGUAAAUUUUAUAUAGACAAUUACCUAUUGGAGAAAAUAAAAAGAUAAAAA